CCUGAAGACGACGAUCUACGUUUCGACGUCCCUCUCGUGUCCACCUCGUCGUGUUGUGUUAGGUUUCAUCGGUUUUAUCGGUCUCAUCGGCUCGUUGGGGCCACAGAUUUACUCACUGUGUCACUGUGAAAUGAAAAAUAAGGAAAACUCUCCGAAUUGUCGACAAGUGGAAAAUUUCGAGUGACGAAUACACCCUCCGGGAAUAGAGGCCUAACGUCGCACCCGCGGCACCGAGACUUGCGUCAGCUGGACAGUGGGAUUCGGAACAGCGGAACAUCUCGAUGUUUCUUUUUUUAUUCUAUUUAUCAUCUUUUUUUUACUCGGAAUUUUGCACGCUGGAUCACGAGUGUGUGUGAGAGUUUGAUGGCCGCAUCUCGACGCCUUAUUUUAUUGUUUGAGUGAGACAAAACACGGAUUUAACGCUGUGCGGUGUGAAUAGACUCUCGGGGCCAGGGUGUCGUCGACGUUAAUUUGUGGUCGAGUGUGACCUGUCGUUGGGAAUUUUUAAAUCGUGAUUUAUUUUUUCGAGUAAUCCCGAGGACCGAGGGAUAGGUCGAUCGAAGGUGGGCGGGGCGGGAGGAAAGGUGAAUUGAGAUAUUUUUUUGUUUAAACAGACUAUUCAGCCCGGACGAUGAAAAUAGGAUUCAAUUGAGCCAACUACGUCAUUGAACUGGUUUUUCAGUGGAUGUUGGAAGUAAACAAUUUAUGGUGAUUGUCAAGUGAUCGACGGUUGGGAGAAACGGGAGAAACGGUUACGUCGGUGUGAAAUUGUGGAUUGGUAUUGUUUAGCCUCGUGUAGUGAUUCCUCGAGGACUCCUUUUAUUUUCUUCAGGUUCUGGGGGUGAUUGUAAGGUUGAGGGGUACAGGAGUUGAGGUCAUGCUUGGUCAACACAAAUGACAGGACGGGGGAGAAACCGACAGGGGAGACAGUGGAAGCAGCUAUCGCCAAGGCUGACCUAGCACAAAGUUGCGCGAUGCAUCGGCGAUUGGGGCACAGCAAUUACGAUGGAAAAAUUGCUGGUCUUUAUGACCUUGAGGAGACCCUGGGCCGUGGUCAUUUUGCUGUUGUCAAAUUGGCCCGUCAUGUUUUUACGGGUGAAAAAGUUGCGGUGAAGGUUAUUGAUAAGAGUAAAUUGGAUGAAGUCUCCAGGGCUCAUCUCUUCCAGGAGGUAAGAUGUAUGAAGCUGGUGCAGCAUCCGAACGUCGUUCGACUUUACGAAGUCAUAGACACCCAGACAAAGCUCUACCUCAUUCUGGAGUUGGGCGACGGUGGAGACCUUUACGACUACAUCAUGCGUCAUGACAGCGGUCUAACUGAGGAGCUUGCAAGAACGUACUUCAGGCAGAUUGUGAGGGCAAUCUCGUACUGCCACCGUCUUCACGUUGUGCACAGAGAUUUGAAGCCCGAAAAUGUUGUAUUCUUCGAGAAACUUGGUACUGUAAAACUCACGGAUUUUGGCUUCAGUAAUAGAUUCUGCCCGGGACAAAAAUUGGAGACAUCCUGUGGCUCGUUGGCUUACUCCGCACCGGAGAUACUACUCGGUGAUAGUUAUGAUGCACCAGCAGUUGACGUUUGGUCGUUGGGGGUGAUCCUGUACAUGCUAGUCUGUGGCCAAGCGCCAUUUCAAGAAGCCAACGACAGUGAAACAUUAACAAUGAUAAUGGACUGCAAAUAUUCGAUACCAUCGCACGUGUCGGAGGAGUGCAAGAGACUGAUAGCAAAAAUGUUAGUGCGAGAGCCGGAGGGUAGGGCAAACCUUGAGGAAAUAGCCAGUGAUCCAUGGCUCGGUAUAUCAAAUGACACAGACUCGGACACUGUCGAGGCACUACCCCUUGUGUCGAGGCAGCAAGUAUCAGAGGAGCAUCAUAAUUUAAUUAUAACGAAAAUGGUCAAUGGUAAUAUUGCAACGAAGGAGGAGAUACUCGAUGCACUCGAUAAAAACGAGUAUAAUCAUAUCACAGCAACGUAUUUUCUACUGGCUGAACGGAAAUUGCGAGCUCAAAGGCAGGAGCUCGAUGCCAAGGCUCGCCCUGAACUGUUGAACGUCAGCUCACGUCGAAGCCACGAUCUCAACGUAAAUGAUCUGCGAGUCGAUCAAAACUCACUUGGCAGUGUAAAUCAAUCACACCUGACAGUCCCUCGUACCCCAGGAGACGUACCCCAGAACGUUCGAAUCCGCAAAUGCAGUAUCGUCCAGGAAGAGGAGGACGAGGACGACGUGUCCUCGUGUUCAGGUCGUGACGAGCACGGUAGUAAUUCAGCACUGAGUACCUUCAACCGUCGUGGCUCAAGAUCGGAGGGAAAAUUAUCGCACCUCCUGCAGGAGCGUCUGUCCCAGCUGCCAGAGAAACACGUACUGAAGCCACCAGUUCGUCAGCUUCAUCCACAAGAGACAAAAGCCUCGCCAAGUCACACAUUCACUGUCAUCAGAGUGGACGACACAAAGAGCCAAGAUACAAGACACUGGAGAGAAGUCACUGGCCCAGAAGUAAAACCCAAAUCGGUAACAGACUGUUUUAAAUCUUCUGGCCCAAGCAACAAGUGGCGAAUCGAGCGUUCACUCAUGACUGACUCGAGCCCCAAAAAAUCAGAUGAUUUUAAUCUCGACGAGACACCUACAACAAUUCUCACUGAAUCCUCAACAGCCCCUUCGCCCCUUCGCUCUCGUACCACUGACACUGUACCCAGAUAUAAGACAAUGCCAUCGCCAGUGACAACGGAGCCAGACAAUACCCUAAAAGAAAUACUCGAGGAUGCAGACGGCACUGAGACAAAGCCAGACGAUAUGUCAGGUAAAUGCAGAGUUGUGCGGAGAAUUGGAUACGAGCAGAAGCGUAAUAAAUUUCACAAAACACGUACAACUUCAUGCUCGAGCUCUGACGCCAGUGAUGAUGACAGCGAAAGCAGGAAAAAACGUGCUCACAAGUUUGGAGGCACACCUGGUAAGCCUCUACCAUCGCGGCGAGACAGUCACGACGACUCGAGUGACUCGCAGGAUCCUGGGGGUAAUUGUGGUGGUGCCAGGGGAUUCAAUAAUGGUGACAGUGUCCAGGAGGCCGCCACCACAGACACGAGAGGUGGGAAUGGUCAGGAGGGCACUGGUAAUACCUCGAACUCAUCAGGCAGCGGCAAAGCACCAGGUAACACUGAUAAUCAGGCAUUGUCCUUCAGUAGGAGACACAGAGCGGGGAUGAGAAGAGCAGGGGAGACUCGAUUACGUGAGAGUCAAUCAUUGAAUCGUAUAACUGAGGUGCAGGAGGCGGAAACACCCGUGUGUCACUCAGUAGUCAAAACAAUUGUUAAUCAAUCUGUUUCGUCGUCUUCGUCGUCAUCGUCGGUAUCACGGACUUUGACGAUUAAUGGCGUGACACAGGUAUCUCAGAGCACUGUCCAGCGGGCCAAGGGAUUCGGGGCGAGAUUAUUGCAGGGAUGGAGUUUGAGGGGAAGUGCAGAUAGUUUCGCUGGGGAUGAGAAAAGUGAGGAGAGUAAGGAUGAGAGAAAGUCCUUGAGUGUUCUCGAUAAGGAGAAUAGAGCAUCUAUAAACAAAAGUGACUGCAAGAGCAGAAAAAUUCGACUAUUGACGAGGUACUUUGCUGUACACAAGAAACUGUGUGUUCCUCUUCCUGGGUUCUUUGGCAAGGGAAAGAGCUCUCUCUAUAAGGCACGAUCGUGUGGAAAUAUAUCCAAGGAUCGAGUGUCACCGCCAUCACCAAAGUCGAUGCUACUUUGCGCCCCUGAGGACAAGUGGAGGGGACAGUGGUGUGAGAAGCAGCAUCAGCAUCGUGGCAGUGAUGGUGAUAUCAAUCAGAAUUUGGGGCUUGCACAGUUUGUACAAGAGAGUGUUAUGGGAAAGGGCUGCACUGGAUUACCCCCCAUCUGUCAUAUUCACCUGGGUGAUGCCUCAAAGUGCUGCAGCCUUUGUUGAUGAUGCCCUGAAUUAUCAGGGGAGACACAAGUGCAAUAAUUACUGUGAGCCUGAACUUUAACUCUUCGUUGGUAGACAACGAUUAUUUUUCGGGGGAUCGAUGUUCCAUGAAUGUCGGUCAAAUAUUUCUGGGGCAGUAGAGAAAAUGAUCGAGAUGGGUUGGAGGGGUUUUUUUUUUAUCGGGCCAUCUGAUCACACAUCCAUGAUCUAGUCCAUAGAUGUAUUUUAAUCGUUCCAGAGUUUAUUAGAAUUUUUUUUCUCUUUCGUGUUAACACUGAUGGAAUUAGCCGAGUAUUAUUGCGUACGAUAUUUGGGAUCUGGGGUGACUCGUGGUUGGGGGCUUUUUUUUUUUCUGUUUUUUAAUUUUCCACUCUUUGAUUUAUAAACUCGCUCGUUUUCUCUCACUGCGUUGGCGCCGUAUUUUUUUUUACCCUUCAGUUGAAAUAAUUAUUCCUCCGUCCCUCGGUGCUUCCUCGUUCUCUUCCCACCUCCACCCCCAACUUAUCCUCCCACAACUCUUCUCUCUACUUGUAAGUAAAAAUGUAAAUUAAUAACGUUGAGGCAUUGGUGCUGGUUAUGAACGCAAGCUUCCAAGUUGUCUCAGAUUUAUCAAUGACUCAUGUGGGUUCGUGCACUCGUGGAAAAGCAGUAUUUAAUUCUGGCAUGACGAUAAUUUUUAAAAAUGUGGAAAAAACAUUUUUUUUAUUAAACCCAUGAAAAAAAUUGGACUAAACGUACAAGUGCUGCUGUCUCGAUAUUGUUUCGCGCAUUGUUCAGAUAAUCUCGUCUCAUCUCAUCCCAUUUCCUCCAUACAAUAGUCUCGAGGAUAUAAAAGAAAAAAAAAUAUAUAAACGUAAUAAUAAAAACCAUGAAAUCUGCGUGAAAAGCAAUUACCCGAGUGUUUUUGUUGGCCACCGCUUUGAGAACCCGUUGCAUUCUCAUUUCUCCCUCUCCCUAAUUUUUUAUAUGCAUUAAAAAAAAACGAUGGAUAAAGCGGUGUGCCACUAUACUCCUUGUACGAGCACAGGGAUGUUCAUAUGUACCUAUUGUCGAAUUAUAACGAUUACCUACAUGUAUGUACCGAGCCAGACGUUUACCUAGAAAUAAUACAACAUUUAUUUAUUAUAACAAAA